UCAACACGGCCACACCCUAUAUGCUGGCCUGUACCUAGUUCCGUGACAGAAACUGGCCGACGUCACACCAGUCAAGCGUGUGAAAAUAGGACCUGUAGUGGGCAGGUUCUACCUCCCAGAAGACUGGUUUGUAGGAGAACUUUGUGAAUACUGCAGCUAACAGGUGCAUGGGAGGAGACUGAGAGGUAAGAUCCUGACCAGAUAUCUUGGAACAAGGCUACAUCUUUAAGAUGGCUACAACUGCAGCUGCAACCGCAGCUGCAACGACUGCAGCCGCUACAAAUGCUGCUACAAAUGCCGCUACGACCCUCGCCGCCGCCGCCACCACCUCAUCCGUGUCGGGUUGGUACAUCGACUGGCUGAACUUCGACCCCCUGCGGGACCACUUCACCAUCGGGUUCCUGAUCGUCCUGGCAGUGUUCGUGGGCGCGAUAGCCAUCAUGUUCACCAUCUGCUUCAUCUACACGUUCUUCGGCUGCUGUGCCUCCUGCUGCAAGUGCUGCUGCUGUUGUUGUAAUGGGAAGAAGAAGGGGAGGAAACACGGCAGCAAGGUGGACGUGGAGCUGGACAAUGUAUAGAGCAGCAGGCCUUGGGUGGGACAUUGAACCACUUGCCUUUAUGUUGCCCAAGAUUUAUUCACAAUGGAUUAUCCAUUCCAAAGAAAGCACACAUAAAAAUGACCUGAAGUAAGCUUGAUGUAUGUGUAUAUAUUGGACAGAUUUUCUAUAUCCUGAGUAUCAUGUAGUGUCACAGUUGUUUUUGUGACAGAUUAAACUGGUACACCUAUGUUAAAUACAGGAAUGCUAUCCUUCCAAAUCUGCAAGUGAGCAUAUUUUUUUUGCCAUAGACACAUACAGUGAAGAAAAAUAUCAUUGUGCUGAUUGACACUGACUAGUCCUUUUUACAAUAUCUAAACUUUGACACAGAAUAAUUCAUGCAUUUCUAAUGUAAAGCAAUGGAGCUUUUUGCUUAAUCGUCCCAGGAAAAGACUUGUAAUGUCAAGUAUGAGCAGCCAAAGACACACAAAUCUUCUCCUGUCUUUGUGAUUAUGCAAAUGUUUGUAAACUUUCCUUUAUUUCAUAAUUUUGAUUUUCAGAUGAUAUAUGUUAGUAGAAAACCUAGAGAUUAUGUGUAAAUAUUGUGUGAAUCUCGAGGCCCGGAUGGACUCGACUUAAGCAGUAAGUAAGCAGAAUCUUACCUAUGCCUUAAAGUAGGCACCCCUUUAUGGAAUCCUAUAUUGUGGCUCCAAAGACUGUGCCAAGUAUAUCCCAGAUCAUAACCUACUAAAACAUAAUGUUCAAGACACAACUAAUUCUAAUACUGAAAAACAGACAAUAGAGCAUAAUAAUCAUCUUUUAAAAUUUCAUAAAACAUUUAACCUCAUGACUAAUAUUAAUUGUAUACGUAUUAAAGAAAUAGACCUCCUCCUUACUAGCAGUCUUUCUCAAUUCCAUUCUGAAAAAACACUGCUUGUAAAAGACUUGAAAGUGAACCAAAAAGCUUCAUUACAACCAAUUUAUACAAUUGUGACUGACAAUCUGCUAGUAUUAGAUUCCUUUUAUGGUUGUAUAGAUGUAUCCCCAUGUAAGUGGCAUUUCUUUGCAUAUCAUAUUUUUGUUUUAAGUUGAAUUUGCUGCAAAAUGUUGUCUUGUGUUGUGACUGACCAUAGCUAUGCACGUGAGCGUUUGUGUACAUAUGUUUAUUAGUGUUGUGUGAAAACUUCUACCCUUUGUUUUCCCUUACUGUUAUAAGAAGAAAUAACUUUCUUUUGUUUGACUGAUAUCCAAACAAUUAAAGAUCAUAGGAAUUCUGACAAUGGAACGUGAAAUGAUCUGUUCUGAUAUGAAACAUGAUAUAAAGUUGAGGCUUUGUUUGAUGUUGGCAAGAUGAAAGUACAGACUUUACCAUACAUUUCUACAUCCUGCUUCUAUAUGUAAGUGACAUUUGCACUGUAUUCCACGGCAUGUUUUCAUUUUAUUUUCAUCAUUUACCACAACAUCUUUCACUAUAAAAAAAUGAUCAUGGUAGAAAAGCCAUUAGUCCUCCUGUCAUACUCUAUGUAAAUACUUGAAACAAUCAUGGACAGAAGAGAUGUGUACAUCUAUGACCAAAACAACUAUUCUUCAUGAACUUUGUACCUCUGUAUUUUCUACAAUAAACAGAAAAUAGGAAGCUUA